AUGGCUCACGUCUUCGUCCUCGGCGCCGCGGUGGGGACCAUAGUCGUCCACAUCAAGAAGAAAGCCGGAGGUGGCGGGAACGAUGCGGACCUCAGCUCCGAGGAGCGCGCCAAGCGCGAAGCCGACGCCGCCGCCCGCGUCGCCGGGAUCGAGGCGCUCCUUCGGGACCAGGCCCAAAAGCUCGAGGAGACCAAGGCUGCCGCCGAACUCGCCAAUAAGAAGGCUGAGAUGGCUGAUCUAGAGGGCGAGCUCCUCAAGCAGAAGCUCGACGCAGUCAUCACGGAGAAGAACUCGGUGGAGCGCAUGCUGGAGGAUAUGGCCAAGAAGAAGGACGCCGCCGAGCUCGCAGUCCAGCGCGAGGCUUCCGAGAAGGCCAAGUACGUCGACGAGAACAACGCGUUGCUCAAUAAGGUGACCGUGCUCAACGACGCCCGGGUCGCCGACAAACAUCAGUACGCGGUGCAGGUUCGCAAGUACAGGGACGAGCUCGUGGCGUACACGGAGAAGACCCCGACGGAGUUCCUGGCCGAGAUAUUGGCGCUGGUGAGCGACAUGGACAACGACGUGGACAUCGAGCUGGUGGACGCCGAGGUUGCCGCCGCGAGGCUCGGGAACAGGACCCGCGUCGCCAAGGAGGAGGAGCUCAAGAUCUGCUCCGAGUGGACCCACAACCCCGCGCUCGCGAUGGCCAACCCGCAAAAGCUGGCGAGGCUCGCCGGGAGGGUGCGCGUGCUCGACGCGCCGCCGCCCGCGACCGCGUCCACGUCCAACGCGGGCGGGGCCGCGAAGGUUGUCAACGCCAGCGGCGUCUCCGUCUCCACCACCCCGGAGAUGGCGGCAAAGAGGCGCACCGCGCUCGGCGCCCUCGACCAAAACGCCACCGCCGCGUACAGCGGCAGCGCGAUGAACAAGCUCCAGGAGCAGCUCGAUGCCAUCGAAUUCCGACUGGACAAGGCUGCGGGCAAGGCUGCGGCGAUGGGCGCGUCCCUCCUCGACACGCAUUUCGUCGACAUCACCCCGUCUGCGUCCCCGCUGACCUCCCCAAAGAUGCUCUCCGCCAAGAAGAUGUCAAGGUCCGAGAACGACGACGGGCUCGUGUUCCAGGGUGGAGUCGGCGCCAAGUCUGCGGGCGGGCGCACCAGCGGCCUCUCCUCCAGGGGAGCCGGCUUCCAGGCCAAGGCUUCGGUGAACAUCGGCGGCUUCUUCGGCGGCAGGUCCUCCUCGGCUGCGUCGGCGAUGACGCCCACAAAGCAGCUCAAGGGCAUGGACGUGUUCGACGACUUUGAGCCCGCGCCCAUGGGCCCCAGGCCUUCGCGUGCGAUGGCCGUCCUGGGCAAGUGA